AUGAGCAGCUACGAAAUUCAGCCCAUCGUGAAGGGCACCAAGAGGGACCCGUCCCUGCGCAAGUACAACAAGGCCGCCGGGGCCGGUCCCUUUGGCGCCGCGCCCGCCAGCUUCAGGACCAAGAAGUCUGCGCCAGCUCAGAGUGCCGCGGCACCCCCUGGAGAGGCGGUUGCCGCGAGUACGGCGGUUAAUGCUGUGCGCUUCCCCUACACCGGGACGAAGCGCGGCUACGGCGGAGCGAGCAGCUCUCUGCGCAAAGGUCGCCCGCGUGACGCGCCGGACGCCGCCUUUUCUGAGAAGGGAUGCGGCAAGAGCGCGCCGCCCAAGGCCGGCGCCUUCAAGAAGCGCCUCAUCCCACCAACGGAGUUUCGCCGCGCGUACGACCGCGGCGAUCUGCCCAUCGCCAUCUGCCACGGCAGCCGCCCCACCGUAGACUGGAAGGUGGAAGUGGAGAAGCUGGACUACCAUCACUACCUCCCUAUCUUCUUUGACGGCAUCCGUGAGACGGAGGAGCCGUACAUGUUCCUGGCUCGCCAGGGCUGCCUUGACCUGCUCGAGCGGGGUGGGCCCAAGAUUCUGCCCACCAUCCCGCAGCUGAUCAUCCCCAUCAAGACGGCGCUGAACACACGCCAUCCGGACAUCAUCUGCGCAACCCUCCGCAUUCUUCAGCAGCUCAUCGUCAGCGACGACCUCAUAGGCGAGGCCCUUGUGCCUUACUACCGCCAGAUCCUGCCGGUGCUGAACCUCUUCAAGAAUGUCCACAAGAGGCGCGGCCGCAGCGACGCCAUGGACUACGGUCAGCGCAACCGCGAUGACGUGGGUGACUUGGUGAACGAGACGCUGCAGCUUUUAGAGCAGCACGGUGGCGAGGAUGCAUACAUCAACAUCAAGUACAUGGUGCCUAGCUAUGAGAGUUGCAUCUACAACAACUGA